CUUCCAGUUUAUCAGUUGUCAGAUCCCAGCGAUAUAUAAGAGUGUUUAUAUAGUUCAGUCAAUAGAUAGCCCAGUGACAAGGCUUGCCAGGAUGAGGUUGACAGUUUACAUAUUGGCACUAUUUGUGUGUGGCGUGUAUAGUUAUGACUUCCGAAGUCUUGCUAAAAUAUUGGGAACAGCCAGAGACACAAGGAGGACUGGAAUGUCAACCCAUUUACAUACACCCAAACCAGUGACAGGAGGAUCGCAUGCGACAAGUGGGUCACACUCAACAGGAGGAGAGUCAUCAGCGACAGCAGGGGGUUCGUCGGCGGUAUCAGCGGCUGUCAGUGCCGCCCUUGCGGCGGUGAACCCGGUGGCCGGCGCGGCAUCAGUAUUCCUUGCUCCAUUGACUGACGGAAUUGUGCAACUUGAGACGCAGUUUAUGUCAUAUCUUAGUGAAAACAUGUUGGGCAACCAUCCAUUUCACACUGUCCUUGGACGAGGUGUUAGGCUCCAUGCUACAGGUAACACCGUGUCUAUACAAGACGUGGCCAGUGGGAUAACAGUGGUCGGGACAGGUGCCACGGUAGACGAGGCUAUGAGUAUGGCGACACAGAAGUACGUCACCACACUGCUAGAGAUGGGUUUUAUCAGCAGGGACGACUUACAUUUGGCACCGAUACUCACCACCACUGAAGUGCCAUGUGGAGACGCCUAUCCUAAGUCUUACUGUGAGGACCAGAAACAGCGUGGAUUCUGUUCGCCUCGCAGUGCCUAUGCUACCUUCAUGACCGACAAUUGUUACGCUACGUGUAGGGGAGGAUGUUGAUGACUUCAGCCCGGAAGAUAUUUCCGCAUCACAAUGUCAUUUACAGAAAAUAUACCAUUUUCAUAUCCGU